UGGGUAUAAACUCCUACGUUUACUUCAGUGAAUGUAACAUUCUUAUACGCAUCCCGGGAGGGGAACAGAUCGAACCUUUUCCGGCAGUAUGCUUUCCGCGAUGGCUGAGUUAAGCAUCAACAACAUUGCCACGACGCUGGAGAAUAUCUUGAAAAUUCUCAAAGAAGAACAUGUCUUCGAUCGAUCCGGCGAUCAUCGUGUGGUUGAAUUUUUGCAUCCCAAAGAAUUACAGAGUACGAUCUCACUUUCUUUGGAUAAAAAUGCAACAAACGAGAAGGAACUCGAGACGUUGAUACGUCAGAUUAUACGAUACUCUGUGAAAACGAGCAGCCCGCAUUUUCAUAAUCAACUUUACGGUGGUCUAGACGAGUAUGGGCUAGCUGGUUCCUGGAUAACGGAGGCCUUAAACACUAGCCAAUAUACAUAUGAAGUCGCGCCUGUAUUUACUAUGAUAGAGCACGAGGUAAUAACGAAGGCGUUAGAACUGCUACAUUAUCCAGCGGAUUCUGCUGAUGGUAUAAUGAGUCCGGGUGGCAGUAUAGCAAAUAUGUAUGCGAUGAUAUUGGCCAGAUAUAAAAAGGUACCGGAAGUCAAGAAAUUGGGUGUUUCUUGGAUGGACAAACCUCUGGCAUGUUUCACCAGCGAAGACGGUCAUUAUUCGAUCUUGAAAGCUGCCCAUUGGAUAGGUAUAGGCACCGAUAACGUUUAUAAGGUGAAGACGGACGAGUAUGGUCGCAUGGAUGUGGAGGACCUAAAAAAAGUUAUGACAAGAGCAGAGAAUGAAGGACGCUUACCCUUUUUUGUGAACGCUACUGCAGGUACUACGGUGCUUGGAGCUAUCGAUCCAUUGAAGGAAAUCGCCGAGGCUUGUCGCAACGCGUCGGUCUGGUUCCACGUAGAUGCUUGUCUGGGUGGUAGUUUGCUGGUUUCGGAGAGAUACCGAUCACAACUAUGCGGCAUUGAAUUCUCAGACUCGGUUGCCUGGAAUCCGCACAAGAUGCUUGGAGCGCCGUUACAAUGCUCACUGUUUCUGGUCAAAGGUGACAAAAAAAUAUUGUACAAAGCGAAUUGUUAUCAGGCGGACUACCUUUUCCAACAAGAUAAAUUUUACGAUGUUAGCUGGGACACAGGUAAUAAAAGCGUGCAAUGCGGCAGAAAGGUCGACUCACUGAAAUUUUGGUUAAUGUGGAAAGCUCGCGGCACAAUAGGUCUUGGACAAUUGGUGGAUCAGACAAUGCACUGUGCAAAAUAUUUCUUGAAACAAAUUCGAGAAACUCCUGGUUUCCGGUUGGUGCAGCCUGAUUUUGAGUUGUGCACCAUUUGUUUCUGGUAUAUACCUUCGAGCAUGCGUGAUAAGCCAGAAACUGCAAACUGGUGGCAGGAUAUAUACAAUAUGACAACUGAGAUAAAGAAACGUCUGACUCUGGACGGAUCUGUCAUGAUCGGUUAUACACCUUUAAUGCAUAGAGAGUGUGGCAAUUUCUUUCGCAUGGUUGUGACCUGUCAACCACCGCCUACGGAAUCGUCCAUGGAUCACGUUAUUAAAGAGAUCCAAAAAACUGCGUCAGAUUUAUAAAAAAAUUAUCUUAAUUUCUUUUGUUCACAAACUUAAUACAAGAUAUUAAAAACUCAUUCUUUUUGUCGAAAUAUAAGAAUAUUCGUUAAAUAUAAAUUCGUAGAACCAUUAAAAAGAAGAAUAUUGUCUUUAUUGCAAACGAGUGCGAGGGUAAAUGCAUCGCAUACAGUACUUAUUAAUCGCAUAUACACGUGACCUUGACAAUAAACAAUAUUUUAUCUUAAACAAGAUAACAUCAAACGUCGUUAUAUUAUAAAUUUCGCAUUCUUACAUUUUUCGUAUAUUGUCUUAUAUUCUCUCCACAGCAUUGAGAUACUUAACACGUGAUCAAAAAUUUUUUUAAUUUAUCGUUCUGGAAGACAUUCUUCUGAGUUCCUAAUGAAAAAUUUCGCUCAUCUUGGCAAGCAAAGAGGAAACAAAUUAUUCUAAUGGUCGCAUGCAUACACGUGACUCAAUGUGAGCCAAUAUAAACGCAAUCAUCGUUCAACGUGUGCUCAUCGUACACAUUUAUUAUACACGCAUAUGAUGUACGCAUUUGUUCCAUCGUUAUAAAACUAUAUUUAAGAAGAUGCAUUUUUAUAUACAACUCCGUAUAUCAUGGCACUACAUUAUUCGAUAUAAAAUAUUUGAUAGUUCUUCUAAAUAAAAACAUAAAGAGCGAA